AUGCCUUACUACGGCUAUCGGGAGGGGUCGGACUCUAGCGGGGGCUCGGAGUCAGAUGGAGGAGAAUCGGACUCCGAAGGCGGGUUGAGUACGGAGAGCACAGUGGGACAGGGUCUGCCCUUUCCCGGAUUUGUGCCCGUCGCUCUUCGGUACUUGACACAGGAUACACGACCGCGCAGCUGGUGCCUCAAACUCAUCACUAAUCCAUAUCCUUUUUAA